CACUUUGAGUGUGGAAGUUCCUAAGUGCUAGGGGGAGGAGGAUGGCGGUAGAGCAAAGAGAGUCCUUCACCCUGGAGAAGCUCACAGUGGGAAGCUGAUGGCCUCCCCCAAACCCUGGCGCUUAGUGUGGCUGAGUGACCCUAGAGAGUAGGGUGGCUGGAAGGGGAGCGCGCCAUCCCGGGCAAGUAGGGACAGCGCUCAGCUGGCCUCAGUGCCGCGAGAACCCCGGUUUCUCAUAAAGUGAUAGAAAAGCGGAGGAGGGACCGGAUCAACCGCUGCUUGAAUGAGUUGGGCAAGACGGUUCCCACGGCCCUGGCCAAACAGAGUUCCGGGAAGCUGGAGAAGGCGGAGAUCCUGGAGAUGACCGUUCAGUACCUGAGAGCGCUGCACUCCGCUGAUUUUCCCCGGGGAAGAGAAAAAGCAGAACUUCUGGCAGAGUUUGCCAAUUACUUUCACUAUGGCUACCACGAGUGCAUGAAGAACCUGGUGCAUUACCUCACCACGGUGGAGAGGAUGGAGACCAAGGACACCAAGUACGCGCGCAUUCUUGCGUUCCUGCAGUCCAAGGCCCGCCUGGGCGCAGAGCCCGCCUUCUCGCCGCUGGCUUCUCUCCCGGAACCGGAUUUUUCCUACCAGCUGCACCCGGCUGGCCCAGAGUUCGCCGGCCACAGCCCCAGCGAGGCCGCUGUGUUCCCGCAGGGCGCUGCCCCGGGGCCCUUUCCCUGGCCGCACGGCACAGCCCGCAGCCCAGCGCUACCCUAUCUGCCCAGCGCGCCCGUGCCACUUCCGAGCCCCGCGCAGCAGCACGGCCCUUUCCUGGCGCAGGUGCAGGGCCUCGACCGACACUACCUCAACCUGAUCGGCCAUGCCCACCCCAACGCCCUCAACCUGCACGCGCCCCAGCACCCCCCGGUGCUCUGACGCCCACCUGCCCGCUAGAUUACUCUGCGCUUUGGGCGCUGGUUGGGAGAGUUGCUGUAUAUAUUGUCCAUGUGUAAAUAUUCUGUCAACAAAAACCAUGGGUGGGAGGGAGAGGACCAAAAGCAAAAUAGUCUUCUGAAGGAUCUCCCUUUAGGAAUAAAUCUUUCCUGAAAGUC